GCAAAGCAACACACAAAACCCUCAGUAAGGAGAGCAGGCAGGCUCUCCGAGAAACCACGGCAUUCCUGACCGAAAUACUCUUCUUUGUCACACAUUUCGCCCUUUAUUGUCCGUUCUAAAAAAGCGAAUAAGAGUGAAAUAAGAGUAUGGAUCGAUAAUCGCCUUUGAAAUCCAGAACUUCAUGGAAUAUUCGCGCUGAUGAUACACAAGAUUCCUGGGAACUCCGAAGGAAGACAAGGAAAGAAAGAAAGGGGAUAAACAAACAAAAAAGUCAACUGGCGGGUGAAAGCGGCGAGAACCCCGUUCUGGAGGGGCAUCUGAGGACCCCUUGCGCUGGAUGACCGCUGCUCGCUUCUCCCCGGCGGUCUGCAAUGGGGGAGACUAAAGUUAUUUACCAUCUCGACGACCAAGAAACUCCAUACCUGGUUAAACUGCCCAUCCCUGCCGAGAGGGUCACCCUUUUGGACCUGAAAAAUGCUCUCAAGAAACCUAACUACAAGUUUUUCUUUAAAUCUAUGGACGAUGACUUUGGGGUGGUCAAGGAGGAAAUCACAGAAGACAAUGCAAAGCUUCCCUGUUAUAACGGCCGUGUGAUUUGCUGGCUGGUGUCAUCAGAUGGGUCUCACUCAGAUGGAUGUUCAGUGGUUGAGAGUCAGUCGGAGCGGCCGCCGACUCACGAGAGAAGUCAAGGCAUUGGAGAUUCCAGACCCCCAUCCUUCCAUCCGAAGGCUGCAGGCAGCCGGCAUGGAGUGGAUGACGACACAGAGACUGAUUCGGUGGUGUCACACAUGAGGGAGAGAUCCGACCGAUCACGCAGGAAACAAUCACAUGAUCACUCGGGAGGAAGGUCAAAUGGCUACUCUCGUGGAGGCAGAGGAAUGGAUCUGGGAGGUUUUGACAUCUGUGACAGCCGUUCUUCUCUCAUGAGCAGUGAACUGGAAUCAAGCAGCUGUUUUGACUCGGAUGACGGCUCCACCAGUCGUUUUAGCAGUGUUACAGAGCAAAGUGGAUCAUCCCGGCUAAUGAGAAGACAUCGCCGGCGGAGACGCAAACCCAAAGCCCAACAAAUGGAGAGGUCAUCUUCUUUCAGCAGCAUCACUGACUCUACCAUGUCACUGAAUAUCAUCACUGUCACUUUAAAUAUGGAAAAGUAUAACUUCCUGGGCAUUAGUAUCGUGGGUCAGAGUAAUGAGCGGGGUGAUGGAGGCAUCUACAUCGGAUCCAUAAUGAAGGGCGGAGCUGUGGCAGCUGACGGACGCAUCGAGCCUGGUGACAUGCUGCUGCAGGUGAAUGACAUCAACUUUGAGAACAUGUGCAAUGAUGAUGCUGUACGUGUGCUGAGGGAGAUCGUGCACAAGCCUGGACCUGUCUCUCUCACUGUGGCCAAAUGCUGGGACCCAAACCCAAACGGCUGCUUCGCUUUACCCAGGAGUGAGCCCAUCCGGCCCAUUGACCCUGCAGCCUGGGUGUCCCAUACGGCAGCCAUGACGGGUGUCUACCCCCCAUAUGGCAUGAGUCCUUCCAUGAGCACCGUCACCUCCACCAGCUCCUCCAUCUCCAGCUCCAUCCCAGAGACUGAAAGAUUUGAUGACUACCACCUGUCCGUCCACAGCGACAUGGCAACAGUUGCAAAAGCAAUGGCCUGUCCAGACUCAGGACUGGAAGUUCGAGACAGGAUGUGGCUGAAGAUCACAAUAGCCAAUGCUUUCAUAGGCUCGGAUGUUGUCGACUGGCUGUUUCAUCAUGUGGAAGGGUUUACAGAUCGCCGUGAAGCACGCAAGUACGCCAGCAACCUGCUGAAGGCCGGCUUCAUCCGCCACACUGUUAACAAAAUCACCUUCUCUGAACAGUGCUACUACAUCUUUGGAGACCUUUCUGGCAAUAUGGCCCAUCUCUCUCUGCAUGACCAUGAUGGGUCGAGCGGAGCGUCUGAUCAGGACACUCUCGCUCCAUUACUGCACCUCAAUGAAGCUCCCUGGCCCACAGCAUUCCCUUACCAGUACCCCACAGCCCAUUCCCACCCGGAGCCAGUGCACAACUACUCUGAAGCAGGUGGAGGCAGCGCAGGCAGCCAGCACAGUGAAGGGAGCAGUGGUUCAAACUGCAGUUGGAGCCGGACUGAGGGGAAAACGGCGGCUGGAGACUUCAGGUUGGGAGGGGGCAGCGAGAUGGGCGACGCACUCGAGUUUGACUUCCGUAGAGACCGAGCACCGAGCGAGCGCUCUGCGGCGCCCCCCAGUGAGGGCAGUGUGCGGAGCUCACGAUCUCACAGCUACAGCCUGAAGCAGGGAUCAGCACAAGGGACCCUGGGGUCCACGUCCGGCCGCCAUCUCGCCAACAUUCCCCCCAAACUCACCGGCUCGCGCCGCUCAUGCAACACGGCCAAUGGGGAGUUCUUCGUCGACAUCAUGUAACAGUGUGACUGUUUAGAGCAGAAGUGCCCAAAUAUUUUUUUGCCUUAUGGAUUACAAAAACCGUGGCCUACUAGUGCAAGCAAUUAGAAUUAGUGCUGACCGAGAGAUCAGUAGCUUGUGAGCCCCAACAUUAUUUAGGUCUUAGAAAUUAGAAUACUUAAAGCUUAAGCAACAUCAGUUUUUGCAUCCUGUCAUUAAAAAUUCUGUCAUCAUCUACUUACCCUCAUGUUGUUCUGUAUGACUUUCUUUGUCCAGUGGAACAAAAGGAGAUCUUCGGCCCUCUGUUCAUCUCUGUCACCAUUCACUUUUAAUUUUUUCAAUGAAAGUGAAUGGUGACUGAGGCUGUCAUUCUGCACAUUUUGUGUUUUGCAAAAGUCAUAUGGGUUUGCAACAACAUGGGGGUGAGUAAAUGACAGAAUUGAUUUUGGAUAAACAGUCCCUUUAUAUGAAAUGUUAAGCAAAAUCACCACAAAAUAGAAAUGUAUUGUUGGAGAAAAUGGAAAGAUAUCCUCUUGAGAAAAAGGAGACAUUGAGGAAGUAGCAAUAAUUCAAUAGGAUUUAGUCUAAAACACUAUAUGGGGUGAGGAUUCAAGGUGAAUGUAGUCCAACCAAGGACAUAAAUGUUAAAUUUUGAAGAGAAAAUUGUGUUGUACUCGGCCCUGUUUUAAUGCAUAGUAGGAGGUUCUUAAUUUGUUUUUGUUUUUUUGCCGUUUCUACAUUUUUACUUUCACAGUAAAUUUCUUAUGCAGAGAUUUCAUUAUUCAUGGAAAUUGUUUUUACUGAGAAUCUAUUUUUUCAGUGUUUGUCAGCAAUACUGUAUUGGGAGACUUUUUGAAGUACCAUGUUAAGGAGAUUUUUUUUAUUAUUAUUUUAUUUAUAAAUAUAGUUUUAUUGUGACAA